ACUAUUAUGUACAUACAAGUAGGUGAAAAAUUAGAUGUGUAUAUAAAUAUAUAUAUAAAAAGCAACAAUCUUGAAAAGUCAGUGUUUGCUCUGUUGAGAAGCAGCAGUUCAUCCAUUUUGUUGGCCAGAGAGCGGACAUUCACCAGAUGUUUUGACAGGAGCACAGUUCGAAAUCCCAGCUGUCGCAGUUUAAACAGCGCUCCGGCAAGUCCCACAGAGAGCGGCUGCUCCUCCAACUAGAAUCUCUGCUAAACUUAAAAAGAGGUGAAAAAGUUUGUAGAAUGAAGUGUCGAAUGUUCAACAGUUCCUCCCCGGUGAAUGUAAUUGAAAAAGGGGAGCUGAAAACUGAACAAAAACACAAAAAGUGCCAGAGAGCACAACACAGAGGCUGCCAACAACUUUUUUUUUCUUAUCUACUUCUUCUAGUGUCCUUAUGUUGUUUGUUUUUUGUGAUUUAUAUGUGAAUUUCCCAUUUAAAUGAAUAAAGUUUCUGUCUAUCUAUCUACCUACAUACAUGUUGCAUGCAUGAUCUGCACUAGUGGUAGUAGCAGUAAUAGUAAACUAGGCCUAUUGUCUUUAAGGGGAAUGAGCUGAGUUUGACACAUAAAGCCUGUUGGCUCAUAGGCUGGAGUCAAGAAUCUACAUCCCAAAAGAGGUAAAACCAGUCAUGAUCAUGAGCUGCAAGAGAGGCACAGAGCAUCACGUAGGGUGCUGCGAGGAAAAUGGGGGGAGGUGGCAGUGUUUUGGCAGGAGGGAAGGGGGUAAGGGGUGGAGAGGCUGUGACUAAAGUAAAGUGAAGAAUAAGUGAUGUGGAGGUGGAGGAGAGGUGAUGACAUGGCUGAGAGUGACAACUGAGGGGCACAGCAAAACAUACAGUAAGAUUCAAAAUUCCAAUUUUUCAACGAACAACUAGAAUGAGGUUCAAAUCUUUUGCGGCGGUGUGGAUGAUACAUGUGAUAUAUUGACAUUGGGCAUACUUACAUGGGAUUUAUAAAUUGUCAGUAUUAGCUUAUUAAUACAUUGUUUAUUAUGUUACAUUACAGUUGUAAGUCGCUAUCAUGGAUGAAUGUGUCUUUUGCAAGGUUGUGGAGCUGCAUUUUAUUGAAGGGUCCCUUCACUUGGUGCAUAUUCUCUGCUUACAUGAGCCUGUUUUGUCUUUUUUAGCUGUUUUACCCCUUCUGCCCUGAUCCUUUGUGAUUAAAAGCAAUCUAUGAUUUGUCAGUUCAAUGUUUUCAUGUGGCAACCCCAAAAUUACCUUUACCCCAAGGUUUAUUAACCAUUAAUAUAGACAUUAAACACAGUUUUGUCUUAUAGUAAAUAGUAUCCUGCUAUGUGUACUUUUAUGCAUUCCUUCUUUCUGUUAUCUAAAAACUGCCCUAAUCUUUGUAUGAUUUUAAACGUGAGACCUUGUCCUGACCAAAUUACCGUGUACAUUGCAACUAUUGGGAGUUAAUUUGGGUGAAGUAGGACUCCUAUCCAGGUCUCUCCUCCGUCACCUGUCACAGCCAGCUACCAUGUGGCCCUCUAGAGCACUUAACCGUUACUGUGUUUCCAAGACCACCAGCUAAAUUAAGGGCAAGGCUUAAGCAGGGCUGAGUAAGAAUCACAGCUACAACAAAUAGUGCAUAGUGGGUUUUUUCAAAUCUUUUUACCUCGUUACUUCCUGUUGGGCUUCUUGAUUUUUCAAAGUUUUUAAAAUGAUCUUUUUGUUUCUUGGUGUGUAGCAUGUUCCUCUAAUGAAGGGCUGGUGGGAACAGCUGAUGCAUCUGCCAAAUGACUUAAACGAGAUGGGCGUAGUACUGUCCAGGUAAAGAGUUCUGCUGUUUUUUAUACUUGUAAAAAUCUAUUGCAUUGGAGUCAUCAUAAAUUGGUUUUGUGUUUUGUCUCCUAUAAUGUUGCUGUAUUGCUGUCUUGAGAUUGCACCUCUCUGUGUGUACUGUACGUGUCUCUGUGUUCGUAUCAGAGUGAAUAACAGUUGUAGAGCGGCCUCCAGAAAGCCUGUCAACGCAUCCCAAACAGUGAGCAGCAUCUGUGACAGAGAGGUCAAUAGUACAGACAGUGACCAUUCCUCCAUCAUACCUAUUGGGAACAAAGUGUGUGAGCCAGACGAGGUGCUAGUUCCUGCACUUCCAGAAACAGCUUGUGUAGAGCGAGGCUAUAUCACCCCACAGCAAGCAUACAACCUGCUGAACGCAGAGGAAGGCCAGCCCGCCUUGCAUGAUCCUUACUACAUUCUCCUCCUGGACUGUCGCAGCGCAGACAGGUACAAGGAGAGUCACGUGGUGACAGCGCGGGCCAGCGUGACGGUGAUCCAUCCUGAGCUGGGCUGUCUAAUCAGCUGUAUAGAGCUGCAGAAGUAUUCUAUAAUACUGCUGUAUGCAGAGGAAGGAUGCAGCCCAGUGGGCAGUGUGAGGGCCAGGGCAGACUCCCCAGACCUCCAGCGCUGUUUCUUCCAGCUCAGUGCUUUGGGAAUGGACCCUGUCAUCCUGCUGGGGGGAUUCUCAGCCUUCCAUGCCCUCUACCCUUUCCUCUGCACACCACAUAUGGUCCUGCUGGAACCUGAGCGGCACACCCUCACCAUCUACCCCUCAGAGAUCCUGGAAGGAGCUCUCUACCAGGGCUCUGCCUCCCAUGCCUCUGACUACCACAUCAUCAAAAAUCUACACAUCACACAUGUGGUCAAUGCCACUGCCAACUGCCCUGAUGCUUUCCCCAACACGCUGUGCUACCUGAGGCUGCGUCUGAGCGAUGAUGCCCAGCAGGACCUGGUGGAGGCACUGCCGCUGGCAUCCAGGUUCAUCAACACGGCGCUGAAGGCUGAGCCUGCCGGCCGCGUUUUGGUCCACUGCAGUAUGGGCAGGAGUCGCAGCUCAGCACUAACGCUGGCCUUCCUCAUGGAGCAUCGACGCUGGUCACUGCUUCAUGCCCUGCGCUGGUUGAAGGAGAGGAGGGCAUGCACGGCACCUAACGUGAACUUCCUGCGUCAGCUACUGACCUAUGAGGAGCAGCUGUUUGGGAGCAGACUCACCUCCCUGGACGACAUCCGCCGAUGACUGGAGUAAGAAUUGGAAUGGAAAGGAAGAUACGCUGGAUGUUUUGUUUUUUUUUCAACAGUUCACAUUGAGAGAAAGUGUAUUUUUUUUCUACAAUUCACAUUGCUUAAAGUGUCAAAUAAGCUGAGACUGAACAAACAGAGGUGGAUUUUGUACUGCAAGAAAGACUCUCAAAGACUGGAUAGGAGUAUUUCCCCCACCAGUUUGACAUUAAUCUUCAGCCCGCACACAGUGUUUCUUGUGCUAUGCCUCAAUAACAAAAAUAAUCAUACAGAUGUUAAGAUCGUUUUGUGACCUCUGCAUGACUCAGUAUAAUAUAUUCCUUGUGAUGACAUUUUGCUUGGUGAUAGCUGAUAGAACAUAUACAUUAAUAAAGUGUAUUUAUAACGUUUUACAUUAGAAAGGCUUCAUUUCUUCAAUUUUAUUCCAUAAGGUGAAUGAUGUUCUGAUACUCUUGAGUCAUGCAUGUAGAAAAGUACUUAAAAACGGAAUGGAGGCUUGCAAAUAGCCUGUGUUUUAUCACAGACUUUUACAGUCUGUAGUAUUUACAUAGGGCAUGCCACUGAGAUUUAGCUAGUUGAGAUUUGUUAUGUCUGGCAUCUAAGAAAUAUUGCAGUUUGCUUCUCUCUCUCUCACACACACAAACACACUCUCUUAGCUCCACCCUGUUGAACUCAGUAGCAUUCAGCAGGAAUCCCCUCCCUCCAGUCACACUUUUUGGUUGGGAGGGAGGAAUUUUCUGGAAUGUGGGAGAAAUAGGAAGAGGAGGUUGCAGGUGAAAAUGGUGAAAUGGUUAUUUGGCCAAGUCAAACACUGCAUAACUACACAGAACAUCAGUUUGAAUGGAGCUAUUAAACCUAGGGUACACAUGCCUUGCCAAAGCUAUGUCAAUGAAAGUAUAUAGUUAAAAAAAGUGAUUUUUAAAUGGUGGAUAUUUCAGCAUUGGCCAGAUAAAUAGAAGAAUCUGAGUUUUGCAGCACAAUUUCAACACGUGGCAGAAGGGUGACGUUAGUUGGUACACGAACAUUUUUGACAUUAAAACCCCAAAAUACUCAUCCAUGUCUGUCUCACCACGGGUCAAGAUAACUAGAUACCUCCCCUAGCAAUUUACAAACGACAGCCCCCAAAGUCUCUAGUAGCAGCAGGCUGUAUGCAUGUGAGAAUCUGCACGUAGCAUUCAGACUCAGACUUUCAGAGAUCCAGCCCUAACCACCAGUGCGCCGAAACAUCACCGAUAAGACGAACCACCGGACAGACUCCGUGUUCAUCAUCUUACCGUUAACUGCACCGAGUCUGCUUUAGUUGAGACUGCAGAAGACCCAACGACCGGGGACACAUUGCUGCUACAGGAUGCUCUGGUUAA